CUCUCUUCUUUACUCCCUAGGAACUCCUCCCCCAACAACCACCAUGGCGUGCACUAUCCCCAUCGCCUCCAUCUUGCCUACCUUUGCGGGUAUGGCCUCCGUUCUUAACUCCUCCUGCUCCUCCUCAUCCUCCUCCAACAACAUCGCCGCGGCUGGUCCCGGCUCCGACGCUCCGAUGAUGAGCAAGAACGAGGCCGAUAUGGCCAAGGCAGCUCUCGAGCUUGCCUGGGUUGUCUCGGACCCAAUUACUAAGGCCCUUGGAGACCUUGGCGCCGCCCACGACUUCUCCUGCAUGGGACAAGACUUCAUGAGAGUCUUUACAGAAGCGAGCGUCGGCGCAGGAGCAGAGGAGUGUUUCUCCAAACUCGGCUCCCUGAUCGGGGGUAUCAAGGAGCUGCAAGCAGCUACCUUCGAUACCUUCCGUGAAAGGGAUGCUAACCUAGCAUCCAUUGUCGCCGCCCGACUCUCGUCAGAGCGGAUCAACGGCAUCCAGCAGGAUGGCCAUUCGAUUCCUUAUUUCCACAGGGGCUCCUCUGCUCCUGUUGCCUUUAACCAUAUCACCGCGCCUUGUGCGCCUUAUUUUGGCCCUGCUUCGGCAGUAGACCACCAAUUAAGCUUGGGAACGUUACCCAUUAACCAGGGCAUUGACCCUUAUAUUACCCUACCUCACACUCCUCCUCCCGCCCUCUCGACCUUCUCUCCUCCUUUCCCUCCCGCGUCGCCGACUGAUAUGUGCUGGGAGGCAACUCCACCUUCUUCGGUCACUUGGCCGAUACCCAUAGACCCCGCCGCCGCGGAAGCUACGACCCUCCAGACGGAAAUGGAGAUUGACGCCGAAGAUGAGUUGGAGAUGAUGGAAGAGUUAUCCUUUGCCACAACUCCCGAAGUCCCCAUCUUGCCGCCGCCGCCGCCGCCGGGCCCGUCACUUUCCUCGCCUGCCAAUACCAUCCAGGGGAAUACUAAUCCUCCUGAAGAAGAAGAGGAGAAGAAGGAAGACGGGGGAGAGGAAGACGAAGAGCCAGAGCCAGCGAGCGCCCCUCCUCGCGACCGCUCGGGACUUGCUCCCUCGCCCGAGCUCGCACCUGCUCCUGCCCCUGCUCCGGGCCCGGUUCUCGGCUCCGGGCCGGCUCCGACCUGGUUCAUCGACGUCAAUCCAACCCCUGCCCCUGUUCCCGUCCCUGCCAAUGAAGAAGAACAAGAACCCCAGUCGGCUUCGGAUAAUGAGCCGACCAACAACGAUGACGCCGACGAUUGGGACGGCCUCCCACCCCACCUGUUGCAGUACGAGGAACUCAUGGAGAAUCUCGACCUCCUUUUCGACCGAACGGAGUGGGCAUGGGGCGAGGUCCCAGAAUCAGACGAACUCGACUCCCGCGAGCCCCUUCAAGAUUGGGAGCCGGGAGCCGACAAGCUGGAAGUACUCUGGCGGCGGAAACAAUUCGCCCAGCAUCAGCUGCAGCCGCACAUGAUCCUCGCGGGCCCCUCCGAUUCCGGCGUCUUCUCGGACACCCGUUUCCGCGCCUUGGGCAAGGCAGCAAAGCUGAUCGAUCAGGAGAUUAUAUCGGCGACGGUCAUCGACAUGGCCCGCGCAAAGAGACCCGAGGUGGUGGCGAGCGAGAUCGCGCAGCUUUUCCGACCCUGGUUCCGCGGCGAUGACGCCGGGUGGCGUGAGGUGGUCCUUGACCGCCUACGAGAUAUCUGCGAGGACGCGUGGGACCUCAGGGAGUUGAUUGACAGGGAGAAGAUCCACGUGGACUUUGUGUGGCCGAUCCUGGACGAGCCGGACGUGGAUAAUGUGAACGAGGAGUACAACGUUGUCCACGCGCUCAAGAAGGGACCUGGGUUCGGGGUAUUCCCCGCCAUGAAGCUUUGGGAGCGUGGUUUCAUGGCUACGUUUGGCUUCUGA